CGCCUGAUGUGCUCCCAGCAGCUGGUAAAAAAUUCAUCACUUCGGCAGGAGCAGUCCCCAAGCUCUCAGUGCCAGGGAAAGAGCCGAAAGACACGAGUUUUUUGUCUGCACAUGCCCAUUUAGAUCAGUGAUUCUCUCUCUCACACACACAAUUAUCCGACGUAAGAACAGUCCCUGGAGGAGCUUAGCCUUUUGCUCAAGGGAGAGAAAGAAGGCGCCGAACAAGACAGAAACGAAACUGAGGUGCAGCUAAACUUGAAUCAGUUCUCCUCCCUCAAAUCUGAAGAUGGUGAAAAUUCUCCGAGCAUGCAACCUGUUGAAAUCCCUCAAACGGGGCGCUGCAGUUUGCAGCCGGACUCAGUGGCCAAUGUGGAGUUUGGGACGGUCAGGAGUCAGAGUAUUCAGCAGCAAGGCACAGACGGCACAUGUGAUCCUUGAUGAUGGAACGAAAAUGAAAGGCGUGUCCUUUGGUUAUCCCCACUCAACGGCAGGAGAGGUCGUGUUCAACACUGGGCUGGUUGGCUAUCCUGAAACCUUGACAGACCCAAGCUACAGAGGACAGAUCCUAGCUCUCACGUCCCCCAUGGCAGGGAACUAUGGGGUGCCAGAUACGAAAAAAUUGGACGAAUUGGGUCUAAUGAAAUAUGUGGAAUCUGAAUUUAUCCAGGUUUCUGGAUUACUGGUGCAGGAUUACAGCCAUGACUAUAGCCACUGGAACUCUGUUAAAUCCCUGGGCGAGUGGUUACAUGAAGAAAAGAUCCCAGCUCUUUAUGGAAUUGACACCAGAAUGCUCACAAAGAUUGUCCGUGAUAAGGGAACAAUCCUCGGGAAAAUUGAGUUUGAAGGCGAUCCUGUAGAAUUUGUAGAUCCCAACCUGCGAAACCUGAUGGCAGAAAUAUCAACCAAGGAAAUUAAAGUCUAUGGCAAAGGGAAUCCAAUCAAGAUUGUGGCAGUGGACUGUGGUAUAAAGCACAACAUAAUCCGCCUUCUUGUGAAGAGAGGUGUUGAACUGCAUUUAGUCCCGUGGAAUUAUGACUUUACCAACAUGGCGUAUGAUGGACUCUUCCUAUCCAAUGGCCCAGGAGAUCCCACUCUGGCAAAGCAACUGAUUGCCAAUGUCCAUAAGGUGAUUCAAAGCAAUCGCCCAGAACCAGUGUUUGGGAUCUGUAUGGGCAAUCAGCUGACUGCAUUAGCUGCCGGUGCCAACUGCUACAAACUGCCAAUGGGAAACAGGGGACAGAACCAGCCAGUGAUGAAUGUAAUGAACGGCCAGGCAUUCAUCACUGCCCAGAAUCAUGGAUACGCCAUCGACAGUUCCACUCUCCCUGAGGGUUGGAGGGCCAUGUUUGUCAAUGCUAACGAUGGUACCAAUGAGGGAAUCGUCCACGAGAGCAAACCGAUUUUUACAGCACAAUUUCAUCCAGAGGCGAAGGGAGGACCAACAGAUACUGAAUUCCUGUUCGAUGCUUUUAUUUCACUGAUAAAGAAAGGAAAAGGAACCAGCAUUGCCUCAGUGAUGCCUGCAGUCCCUCCACCACCUAAGAGGCUUAAGGUGUCGAAGGUGUUGGUCUUGGGUUCGGGAGGCCUCUCGAUUGGCCAGGCUGGCGAGUUUGAUUACUCUGGAUCGCAGGCGAUUAAAGCUUUAAAGGAAGAAAAUAUAAAAACUGUCUUGAUGAACCCAAAUAUCGCCUCAGUGCAGACCAACGAGGUGGGCACCAAGCAAGCGGACACAGUUUACUUCUUACCCGUGACCCCAGAGUUUGUGACUGACAUUAUUAAAACGGAGCAGCCUGAUGGGAUACUUCUGUCUAUGGGGGGUCAGACUGCCCUGAACUGCGGCGUGGAGCUGUACAAACAGGGAGUGCUGGAGAAGUAUGGGGUCCAAGUGCUGGGAACUCCAGUCAGCUCGAUCAUGGCUACUGAGGACAGGCAGCUUUUUGCGGACAAAUUACUGGAGAUCGAUGAGAAAAUCGCACCAAGCUUUGCUGUGGAGUCGCUGGAAGAUGCUUACAAAGCAGCGGAGAAGAUUGGCUAUCCAGUCAUGGUGAGGUCGGCAUAUGCUCUCGGGGGCCUUGGCUCGGGGCUGUGCAAUGAUAAGGAAAAACUCACAGAAAUCGCUGGAAAGGCCUUGGCUAUGACCAAUCAAAUCCUUGUGGAACAGUCACUGCUGGGCUGGAAGGAGGUAGAGUAUGAAGUAGUGCGUGAUGCAGCUGAUAACUGUGUGACUGUCUGCAACAUGGAGAACUUUGACCCCUUGGGAAUUCAUACAGGAGACUCGGUUGUUGUAGCCCCCAGUCAGACUCUGUCCAAUGAGGAGUAUCACAUGCUGCGUGAAACCGCGAUCAAGGUGGUGCGCCAUUUGGACAUCAUUGGCGAGUGCAACAUUCAGUACGCAUUGCAUCCCGCCUCACUGGAGUACUGCAUCAUUGAGGUCAAUGCCCGACUCUCGCGCAGCUCAGCUUUGGCCUCCAAAGCCACUGGCUACCCUCUGGCCUUUGUGGCUGCCAAACUGGCACUGGGUAUCCCUCUGCCUGACAUCAAGAAUGCAGUGUCUGGGAAGACCACUGCCUGCUUUGAGCCAAGUUUGGACUAUAUUGUUACCAAGAUUCCGCGCUGGGAUCUGGACCGUUUCCACGGAGCUUCGCGGGAGAUCGGCAGCUCAAUGAAGAGUGUUGGGGAGGUAAUGGCUAUCGGUCGCACGUUUGAAGAAAGUUUCCAGAAGGCUCUGAGAAUGUGCCACCCGUCCGUCGAAGGCUUUGUGCCACGGCUCCCGAUGAAGAAACUAUGGUCUGAGGAUUUUGAUCUUCAGAAGGAUCUGGCUGUUCCCUCAAUUCACCGCAUCUACUCCUUGGCAAAGGCCUUACACAGUGGGAUCUCAGUGGAUGAAAUUUAUGACCUGACUGCUAUUGACAAAUGGUUCUUGUACAGACUCAAGCAAAUAGUGAUGCUGGAGAAAGAAUUAACCAAGCACAACAGUGAAACCAUCCCUGACGAGUUGCUGUUGAAAGCCAAGCAAGAUGGCUUCUCUGACAGACAGAUUGGAGACUGUAUCGGCCUGACUGAACUCGAUGCAAGGAAGCUGAGGGUACAGAGGAACAUUAAGCCACAGAUUAAACAGAUUGACACCCUAGCUGCAGAAUACCCAGCAAUCACCAAUUACCUCUACUCCACGUACCAUGGAGAGGAGCAUGACCUGGAUUUCAAUGACCACGGAAUCAUGGUGCUGGGAUGUGGACCUUAUCAUAUUGGUAGCAGUGUGGAAUUUGAUUGGUGUGCUGUCUCCAGUAUCCGGACCCUCCGACAGCUUGGGAAGAAGACUGUGGUAGUAAACCACAACCCAGAGACUGUGAGCACAGACUUUGAUGAAUGUGACAGGCUUUACUUUGAGGAGCUCUCACUAGAAAGAAUUCUGGAUAUUUAUGAACAAGAGGGCUACUCAAGAUGGUGCCAUGUCAUACACUUUUGUCUGGUCUCCCUCAGUGGUUCAGCGAUGAACGUGGCUCAUGACGCAACAGAGAUGAAGAAAUUCCUUGCCGAGGCAGCUCGUGUCUCUCAGGAACAUCCAGUUGUCCUCACCAAAUUUGUUGAAGGAGCACGGGAGGUUGAGGUUGAUGCAGUCUCCAAGGAGGGAAAGGUCCUAGCUCAUGCCAUCACUGAACACGUGGAAGAUGCAGGUGUCCAUUCAGGAGAUGCCACUCUGAUCCUGCCAACACAGACGAUCAGCCAAGGAGCCCUGGAGAAGGUGAAGAUUGCAACGAGAAAGAUAUCCAGGGCGUUUGAGAUUUCUGGACCAUUUAAUGUACAGUUUCUUGUGAAGGGGAAUGAUGUGAUGGUGAUCGAAUGUAACCUCAGGGCAUCCAGGUCCUGCCCCUUUGUCUCAAAGACCAUUGGAGUCGACCUCAUCAAUGUGGCGACGCGGGUGAUGAUUGGCGAGAGUAUGGAUGAGUCACCCCUGCCAUCGUUGGAAAAUCCCAUCAUACCGACCGAGUAUGUGGGCAUCAAGGCUCCCAUGUUUUCUUGGCCACGACUCAGGGAUGCAGACCCAAUUCUACGCUGUGAGAUGGCAUCAACUGGAGAGGUUGCUUGCUUUGGGCCCAAUAUUUACUCUGCAUUCCUGAAGGCGAUCCUAUCCACAGGCUUCAAAUUACCUCAGAAAGGGAUUCUCAUUGGAAUUCAGAGCUCUUUUCGAUCAAAGUUCCUUGACACUGCACAGCAGCUUCAUGAGCAGGGAUAUGAGCUCUAUGCCACAGAAGGGACGGCUGCCUGGUUGAACGCCAAUGAUGUGCCCACUGCCCCCGUCUCAUGGCCUGAUGCAGAGGAUCACAGUUCAUCAGCUCCUUCUUUUACCAAACUGAUCCAUGAUGGAGCCAUUGACUUGGUGAUAAACCUGCCCAACAAUAACACCCGCUUUAUGAGGGAAAAUUACCUGAUCCGCAGAAUGGCCAUUGAUCAUGCUGUACCUCUCAUCACCAAUUUUCAGGUGGCAAAGCUCUUUGCCGAAGCGAUUAAACACUGCGGGAAACUGGAUUCCACUAGCCUGUACCACUAUCGAGAGAACAGUGUGAUCAGAGGUUUGCAGUGAGAGGCUCCCGUCAAGCCUGACUUGUGCAGGCCCUCACUCCACGUGUACAAAGUCGGUUCUCUGACACGGACAAAAGCAUGUUCUUAUUGUAACAAUUGAAUAAACAGAGAGAGAGAUUUCAAUGCAA